AUGUUUGCGCCAGAAAAGAAUGUUUUUAUCGUUGAUAAAGAAGAACCACACGCUAAUGCGGUAUGUAUUAGUCAAAAUGAUAUCCGAAUUGAUAUUUCGGACGCCAUUAGUGAAAAGGACAAAGUUCGAUUUACUGUUCAUACAAAAAGUAAAUCAUCGAUUUCCCAUGAAUCAGAAUUCAGUGUUACACGUUUACAUGAAGAAUUUAUUUGGCUACAUGAUCAAUGUAAUGAAAAUGAAGAAUAUGCAGGCUUAAUUAUCCCACCGGCACCACCGCGACCUGACUUCGAUUCAUCACGUUCUAAACUACAAAAACUUAGUGACGGUGAAAGUUCAACAGAGCCAGAAGAAUAUGAAAAAAUGAAACAAGAGCUUGAAGCUGAAUAUUUGGCAAUGUUCAAAAAGACAGUUUCAAUGCAUGAAGUAUUUCUUCAACGGCUUGCUGCACAUCCAUUUUUACGAAAUGAUAAUAAUUUUCGUGUAUUUCUCGAAUACAAAGAAGCUUUAAACGUACGUGGUAAAAACAAAAAAGACCAAAUCACUGACUUCUUUAAAACAUUAACAAAAACAGCUGAUGAAGUAUUACUUGCUAAUCAAAAGGAGAGUGAUGAAUUGUUUGAACAACAAAAAAAAUUUCUUUUAAUUUAUAAUGCGAAAAUAAAGGAUACAACAAUGGCUGCUGAAAAAAUAACAAAAACACAGAAGGCUGUUAGUGAUAUGUAUAUUAAAUUAUCAGGUAAUUUCAAAAGUUUAUCAAAAUCAGACAAAACUAAUGAAGCCAGAUUUUUCCUUCUACUGGCAGAUUUGUUCGAAAAAACUCGAAAAACAGAAACACGCAUUCAAGCUGAUAUUGAUCUUAAAUUAUCCGAUACAUUAAAAUAUUAUAUGCGCGAUACAAAAGCUGCAGUGGAUUUAAUGUAUCGGCGUUCUCGUUGUUUAGGCGAUUUCGAAGCAGCAAAUAAAAAUUUAGAUCGUACGCGACAAAAAAUUAAAGAUUCAGAUUGUGCACAAGAAAAACCUAAAGAUUUGCAGCAAGCAGAAACAACUCAACAAUGUAUAAAGCAAAAAUUCGAAACCAUUUCAGAAAAAGCAAAACAUGAAUUGAAUGAUUUUAAAAUUCGACGUGUACAAAUGUUUCGAAAAAAUUUAAUUGAAUUAACUGAACUUCAAAUAAAACAUACUAAAUCUCAAAUACAAACGAUUAAAAACAUCAAAGAACAACUUGAUGCAAUCUCAUAA